GGAGGUGGCGGAGGAGCAGGAAGUGGCGGCGGAACAGGAAGUGGCGGAGGAACAGGAUAUGGCGGCGGAGCAGGAAGUGGCAAAGGAACAGGAAAUGGCGGCGGAGCAGGAAAUGGCGGCGGAACAGGAAGUGGCGGAGGAGCAGGAAGUGGCAGCGGAACAGGAAAUGGCGGAGGAACAGGAUAUGGCGGCGGAGCAGGAAGUGGCAAAGGAACAGGAAAUGGCGGCGGAGCAGGAAAUGGCGGCGGAGCAGGAAAUGGCGGCGGAGCAGGAAAUGGCGGCGGAGCGGGAAAUGGCGGCGGAACAGGAAGUGGCGGAGGAACAGGAAGUGGCGGAGGAACAGGAUAUGGCGGCGGAGCAGGAAGUGGCGGAGGAGCAGGAAAUGGUGGCGGAGGAGGAAAUGGCGACGGAAAAGGAAGUGGCAGAGGAACAGGAUAUGGCGGGGGAACAGGAAGUGGCAGCGGAACAGGAAGUGGCGGAGGAGCAGGAAAUGGCGGCGGAGGAGGAAAUGGCGACGGAAAGGGAAGUGGCGGAGGAGCAGGAAAUGGCGACGGAAAAGGAAGUGGCAGCGGAACAGGAAGUGGCGGAGGAACAGGAUAUGGUGGCGGAGCAGGAAGUGGCAGCGGAACAGGAAGUGGCGGAGGAGCAGGAAAUGGUGGCGGAGCAGGAAAUGGUGGCGGAGCAGGACAUGGCGACGGAAAAGGAAGUGGCAGCGGAACAGGAAGUGGCGAAGGAGCAGGAAGUGGCGCGGGAGCAGGAGAUGGGGGAGGAGCAGGAGGUGGUGACGGAACAGGAAGUGGUGGCGGAGUAGGAAGUGGCGAAGGAGCAGGAAAUGGCGAGGGAAAAGGUGACGGAAAAGGUAAAGGAGGUAAUGGAAAGGGCAAAAGAAGAGGCUCCGGAAAAAGUAAUUCCAAAUCUGGAGGCUCUGGAUCAGGAGGUUCAGAAUCAGGAGGAGGAUCGAAAAGUUCUAAUUCUGGAUCAGGAAGUUCUAAA